UUCUGGUUACAUCGAGCAAUAUUGCUUUCUCAUGAUGAAUAUAUCUAAAAAUUCAGUUACUAUAAAAGAUGAGUCUUCAUCUACAAAUAGCGAUAUUGAUUUAACUCAGAAAAAUGAUGUUGAUAUGACACAAAGAGCUGCACAAACUAAUUUUGAAGCUAAUUUUAGUCGUAUAUCGGUAGAAAUGUUAAAGUUUUUAUGUUACGAAAUAGGUGUUUCUGUGGCAGGCUUAAAGCAGAAUUUAGUAGGUCGUUUAGUCAAUAAAAGCAAAAAGAGGUUUGGUUUGCCAGGUCUGGAUAACUCUAAAAAAGGGAAAAUGGUAGAUAUUGAUAAGGGUGUAAAAGAAGUAUAUAAGGAAGGCAGUAAGUCAGAUUUUGAGUCAGGUAAAGCUUUUGCAAAGGUUUUUAAUAAUGGGCUAGUGGUGACUGACAAUGAAGAAGCGAAAGGAUAUAAUGAUCAAUCUCUACUGCAUUUACCUUUUUUGGCAUCUGAUACACCUUUCAUCCAUGUUUCUAGCCUAUAUAUACCUUUAUUUGUUCAAUCUCAACUGUUUAUAAAUCCAAAUUGGCAACAAGUUUUUUCACAAAGAAUGUUCACUCCUCCUUCAUUGAAUAAUAUUUGGAAUGAAAUGCCUUCAAGAGAUCUGGCUGGGCCUUCUUUCACUAAUCAGCAACCAGUUAAUAAUUCCUAG